AUGGAAGAUAUAGACUGUAGGGAAAUAGAUGGUGACAUCUUGCAAAAUGUCCAUCUUACAGAGGAGGAAGUGCUGGAUGUCUUGAAACGGUUAAAGGUGGAUAAAUCCCCAGGACCUAAUCAGGUGUACUUGAGAACUUUGUGGGAAACUAGAGAAGUGAUUGCUGGCCCUCUUGCUGAGAUAUUUGUAUCUUUGAUAGUCACAGGUGAGGUGCCGGAAGACUGGAGGUUGGCAAACAUGGUGUCACUUUUUAAGAAGGGCGGUAAAGACAAGCCAGGGAACUACAGACCGUGGAUUCUGCCAGAACUGGUUGCUGUCGGACUUGUUACAGUGCUGAUGUUUGUCUCCAUGCAUUGGUUCAUAUUUCUACUCAAUCUGCCCAUAUCUGGCUGGAAUCUUUACAGGUACCUGGCAGUCCCCUGUGGUAAUGUGGGAGUCUUUGACCCAACUGAGAUUCACAAUCGUGGACAGCUGAAGACUCACAUGAAGGAAGCGAUGAUUAAACUGGGAUUCCAUCUCCUCUGUUUCUUCAUUUAUCUAUACAGUAUGAUCCUGGCUUUGAUAAAUGACUGACAUUGUUUCUGGACUCCUAAAUGGCAGCAAGAUAAAAGUGCAGGCUCAAGACUGUCACUCCCAUUCUGUUUGGUUCCGUUGGAAGUUCUCGAACAAGUAAAGGAUGCAUCAUGCAGUUUAUUUUUUGGACAUGAUUGAAAUGUGUUUUGAGAUUAUUUUUUAAACAAUAAAGUUACUGUUUAAAAAGA